AUGCGGGUCCUCGAGUUACGCCUCAUGCAUCACUGGGUAACCGCUACCGCAGAAACGAUGAGCUCGGCCCAACUAGCGGGCGUUCGUGAUAUGUGGGGUGUUUCAGUUCCUCAAAUGGCUUUUGAAUAUGAGCCUCUUCUUCACACAUUACUUGCUCUUGGUGCAGCGCAUCGCGCCACACUCCUUCCAAAUGAAGCAAGUUCCUUGCGCCCCAUACAUCAUUCUUACAUCGAUUCUGCUCUUCAGCGACACCGUCCGGUGACAGCCACACUUGACGGGAGUACAAGUGAGUCAGUCUGCUUGAACGCUGUCUUGAUUUCACUGUACACUCUGUUUCUACGAUCGGAGUCUUCAACAGAACCGUAUGAGCCCCCAUUAUUAUGGCUUUCAAUAGCACGUGGCAUUCGAACCGUCUUCAAGGACUCUUAUCAUAUCUUGGUACAGUCAAAGUCACGUCUGUGUCCUUUACUGCUGGCUCAACCAACGGUUUGGUUCCAAGGACCGUACAAGAGCCCGGAAAAGACAUUCCAUUUUCUCCUCGAAUAUCGUCGAGAUGAAGAAGUUAUGGAUGAGAAGACAGAAAGAGCAUACAGUGAGACAAUCCACUAUCUAGAGCGCUUAUACAUAUCCGUGCAAAAUGAAAAGCCCGAUUGGGUCAUUCGCAAGCAGUUCACCGGGUUUCCACCAGUUGUACCUGGCGACUUUCUUGACUUUUUCUACGAGAAACGACCACGGGCUUUGGUGAUUUUGGCAUACUUGUUUGCCUUGGCGAAAAAAGUUGAAAAUAUAUGGUGGCUUCGCGGAAUUCCCGAGCGAGAGGUCCGUGGUAUCAACAGUAUCUUGCCUCCUGAUUGGAAGUGGACCAUGGUUUGGGCCCUGAAUCUGGUCUCCGAAGAGAAAGAGGCACCGAAGAACGGGCCUAUCGUUCCUCAGCCGAAUUGGAGUAUGAUCGACGCUUUAUAUUGA